CAACAAAUCCAGAAUUUUGGGGCGGUGUUGUGGUACCUGUGGAAAGAACGAUGCAACCACCAGAACAACAACCACAAGCUCGCUGAAGAAGAGAUAAUCUCGAGGGCUUUGGGUUGGCUUGAAUCAUUUCUUGAGGCGAACGAUGACCAGAAUCAUCAUCGACCUCCAUGCAGCAGAAGAUCCGCUUCAGAUUGUUGGAAAAGCCCGCCGGAAGGAGUUUAAGCUCAACUCCGACGCUUGGCUUUUUCAUCUAUCCGGAAUUGGCUUGGGGGCGAUUAUUCGAGAUUGGAGGGGAGCUUUCAAGGGAGCCACAACAAUGAAAGAAGAAGGGAGAUGCAGACCGAUCGAGGUCGAAGCAGAAGCGGUGCUGAUGGGGAUAAGGGAAGCUAACAUACGAGAAUUGAGCCCCCUAAUUGUGGAAUCGGAUUGCCAGGUUCUCAUUAGAAAAUUGAGUGAAGGAGAAGAAGAUUGGAUGGAGCUGGGAGUUUGGUGUCAAGAGAUUUGGAAAUUGGCUGAAGUUAAUUCGAGGAUGUCUAGAAUUCAGGUGAAAUGGGUUUUCGCACCUCGCUCUGCUAAUGGGGUAGCUCAUUGGCUUGCCCACUCGAUUGGGGUUUGGAACAACCAGAUUGUUUGGGUGGAUGAACCACCAAAUUCACUUCUGUACUUGUUGGAUGGCGAUUUGGGUCGGGCACCAGUUGGCCCAGUUUGAUCUUUUAAUAAUAUUAAUGCAGGUUCCCAUCAAAAAAUUCUAACUCAACAAGGUUAACUAAUCCACGUUCAUUGCUCCAGCCUUAUUACAUUCUCGACUUAAACUUAACCAACUUCUUGCCUGGCAGUUAUGAAGAUAACACAACAAAGUAUGUGUUUAGAGCAAAACAAGUAAGCAAAUGUAAAUGAAUGAACAAUGACACAUUAUUUUUUAUUAACCGAUCAAGUUCAUCUUAUUUCCUACGUCUUAGCUCAAAGGUGGCUCACAGUAUAAGACCUAGUUGUCUAGCGUUUUUUAUUAUCUUAUUCACUGUCUAACUCCAAGUUGAGUUCCUUUUGGAUGUAACUCAAACUCCUAACAAGAAUAGAGCAAUAUAAAACUUCCUCUCUUCCUCAUAAGCUCAUGCUAAAGAAAGAACCUACAAAUUUCAUAACACUCAAACAAUACAGAGAAUGAACACUUAUCACUUCUCACACCUAUAGCUGAUCACAAAGUAAUUGCUCUUUCUUUCUAUAUGUUUGCUAUGCCACAUUCCUUAUGCUUAUGUUUGUCUUGUUGCUUUCUUUUGUAUACUUCUUUGCUUGACAACAAUCUUCCCUUUAUCUUUCCUUAAUUUUAGAAUCUUUCCCUACAAUUUCAUUUGUGCUGAUGGCAAGUAAUAUCAAUGAGAAUAAUGACUCCUUGGGAUUACAUGUUAGGUGUUGUAUGCAUAAAAGGAAAAGAUCCUCACAUACCUAUCAAUAGAGUAAGGUUAUAAUAUGGAUGACCAUUGAGUUGUAGCCUCAUUUCCAUUGUCUUUGAGGGUCUAAACCUAAAGCUCCAGGGGAUUAUUUGAUUGCAUGACCAUUGAGACAACUUAUUUUUAGAAGUGAAAUCAAGUGCAUAACCAUUGCCUUGAUUAUUAGCGUCGUUUGGAUGAUGAAUUGUAACGGAUCAAUUUGACACAAUUGUCUCGUUUUGAAAUAAUUGUACCAAAUUGCCUCAUUUGCCAACAAAAUUUUUGAAUGGAUCAAUCUGCCUGAGGUAUUUUGAAUUGAUCCGUUUUGAGUCAAUUUCAAUUACCUGGGGUGGGGGCAGGUAAUUCGAAUUGACUCGUUUUAAUUGUCUCGAUUAUAAAACGGGACAAUUGAUCAAAUUGACUCAUUUCUAGAUUGAUCCAUCCAAACGACCCCAGUGUUUCUUAGCAAUUUACAAGAUAGGAAAGCAUUAUAUGGUUUGCAUCAGGUCAUAAUUGAUCCAUUUCUACAGGGUUACAACCCUAAGAAGCACUUUACCUCUAGUGAUCUCCCUAGUAGUGAGUUUUGUCUCUUUCGUGUCAAAAUUUUUAGUUCACACUCAAAACCUUCCAUCUUGUUGAUUAAAUACUAGCUUGAGAU